AUGGCUAUCCAUGUUCUAUUAGCUUCGUCUGCCCUGAAAACGGUCAGCGUGACUGGUCUCUGGCUCAUACCGUUGCUGCUUGGAGCGUUUACCUAUCACAAUUACAAUUCGUACGAUCCAGAAGCGAAAGUGCACGAUAAAGAGCCGAGAAAGGAAUACGACUUUAUUGUCGUCGGAGGCGGAUCCGCUGGCGCAGUUGUAGCCAACAGGCUGACUGAAAUUAGCGGUUGGAAUGUUCUUUUACUCGAAACUGGUCCAGACGAAAAUGAAAUUACAGACGUGCCAUCGCUCGCAGGCUAUCUUCAACUUACGAAAUUGGAUUGGCAGUAUAAAACUGAACCUACAGAAUACGCAUGCUUAGGUUUUAAGAAACACAGGUGCAGCUGGCCAAGGGGCAAGGUCCUAGGAGGAUCCAGCGCAUUAAACUAUAUGAUAUAUGUUAGAGGUAACCGACUCGACUUCGAUCAUUGGGAGUCAUUAGGCAAUCCAGGCUGGUCAUAUGAAAAUGUAUUGCCUUAUUUCAAAAAGUCUGAAGAUAAUAGAAAUCCUUAUUUAUCAAAUAAUAAAUACCAUGGGCGUGGUGGAUAUUUAACGGUCCAAGAAGCACCCUGGAGAACACCCUUAGUAGCUGCGUUUGUUGAAUCCGGUGUUGAAUUAGGUUAUGAAAACAGAGAUAUUAAUGGAGAGGUCCAAACCGGGUUUAUGAUAGCUCAAGGGACGAUAAGAAGAGGAUCAAGAUGCAGCACAGCAAAAGCCUUUUUGAGGCCCGUUAGAACGCGACCUAAUCUCGACAUCUCACUGAACUCGCAAGCAACUAGAGUCUUGAUAAACCCAGUAACAUUGAAAGCGUUUGGAGUCGAAUAUGUAAAACAUGGAGUGAAGAAGGUUGUAUACGCAAGAAAAGAAAUUAUUUUAUCUGCAGGGGCCAUCAAUAGCCCUCAAAUAUUAAUGUUGUCUGGAAUAGGACCCAAAGAUCAUUUAAGAAACGUAGGAAUACGCGUCUUGAAGGAUUUACCUGUCGGUGAAAAUCUGCAAGAUCAUCUGGGUGUAGGGGGUUUAACGUUUCUAGUCGACAAACCUGUAUCAAUUGUACAAAAUCGAUUUCAGGCUUUUCCUGUCACCAUGAAUUAUGUGGUUAACGAACGAGGACCCAUGACUGUACUAGGAGGUUUGGAGGGUGUCGCGUUUGUUAAUACCAAAUAUGCGAACAGUUCCGGCUUGUGGCCAGAUAUACAAUUUCAUAUGGCACCAGCUUCCUUCUCCUCAGAUAAUGGUCAAAUAGUAAGAAAAAUUCUAGGUUUAACGGACGAAUUGUACGAUACAGUCUUUAAACCUAUAGCUAAUAAAGAUGCUUGGACGAUAAUGCCUCUACUGCUUCGACCUAACACAAGGGGAUAUGUUAGAUUGAAAAGUUCAAAUCCAUUUGAUUAUCCAAUUAUGAACCCAAAGUAUCUCGAGGACAGCUUGGAUGUAAAGAGACUCGUCGAAGGUAUUAAGAUUGCGAUGCAAGUAGCAAAUGGUACACCUUUCAAGCAAUUCGGUUCGAGACUGUACAUGAAACCCUUGCCAAAUUGUAAGAAAUAUACAUUUAUGUCAGAUGAGUACAUUGAAUGUCAAGUAAGAACCAUUACUAUGACAAUAUACCAUCAAUCUGGCACAGCCAAGAUGGGGCCUUCUUGGGAUCCUGGUGCUGUUGUCGAUCCCAAAUUGAGAGUGCAUGGUGUAGAGGGACUGAGAGUAAUAGACGCUAGUAUCAUGCCAACUAUUGUUAGUGGAAAUACGAAUGCUGCAGUAAUUAUGAUAGGAGAAAAAGGUUCCGACAUGAUAAAGCAAGACUGGUUAAAUCGGUGA